AUGAAAGAAUAAUUGAUUAUGACGAUCUUAUUCGGCUAAAACUGUUAAAAACUAUUAGAUUAAUAUUUAAUCACAUUUUUUAUUCAUAGAAUAAUUUAAACAAAAAAAAUACAAUUUAGAAAACAUUAAAACAAUAUGAAUCAAAAUAAUAGAGUAGAUUAAUUGGAUAGUCUUGAAACUGAUGAAGAACUUGAUUUUUAAGAGUUUGAAAGACCAUAAUUAGUUCGAAGAAAUGGAAUGAUAAAUUCAAUAUCAGAAUGUAAGGGUUAUAUCAUAUUGGAUAAACCAGUUGAGAAUAUAUUCCAAGAAGAAUAAUGUCCAAUUUGUUUGGAGUCGUCAGAAUAGCUAUAUCCUUUGAAAUGUGGACAUACUUACUGUUAAAAUGAUAUAGAAUAUAUGAUUGAUAUUUCUAAAUAGUCUAACGGCUUAUUCUAAUGCCCGAUUUGCAGAGCUUAUUAAACUCUAGAUUAAUAUGAUGAAGUUUAUCAUUUGAAAAAACAAAAUCUGACGAAUUGCACAAAUUGA